AUGCAGGAGAACCUUGAGAGACAUCGAAGAGGUCGUGCUACCACGCCCAAACCACCGGUCACUUCAUUUAAUGGACCUUUCUUCAAGCUCGAGGAAGUGAACCCUCCUAGGUCAAAUGAAGGACAGCUAUGCAACGGUAGUCCGAAUCACAGGGACUAUUCGAGAGAAAGAAACGGUAGUGGGAUGUCGUUUGCCGAAAGCAGAACCAUAUCUGCAUCCGAAGCUGAGCUCAGUAAUAUAAAGGAUGCAACGGUUGUGAUUUGGCCGCCACUGAACGACAAGAAAACACCCCGAUCUCACUCGGUCAUGUCCAGAAAAAUUACUGACCCCGAUCGAAUAGCUGAAUACCGCCGUCAGAAACAAAUGGAAGAAGAAGCGAUGCGACGACAUGAAGAAGAGAAACUGCAAGCAAUGACUAAGCAGAUGCGAGCAAUGCAAAUCCAACAACAACGCCUGUACGAACAACGUCACGGCGUCGUUUCACCGGUACCGUUCAUCGACGUCGAUCACAAUCCCUACGGCAGUAACUACGGAUUCCCUCACUCGCCAGCUCCAGACUAUCAGUCGCCGGAUUUUGGUCCGGAUCCGCAUCGAAUACGGGUUUACGAGACGAGGCCUAUUUCGGCACUUUCUGAAGCGUCCGAUCAUGGUGACUCGGUUCCCUACAAUACUUGGAGAAGGACGUACGUCGUCGAGAAACCACGAGAGGUAAGUGAAUUAACCGUAGAACAGUCAUAG